CAUUAUUAAUAAAAUACAAUUGCGUAUACCAUUCCUGUUGUUAGCUACGUGACAAAUGCUGCACGUUGUAUCCUAUGAUAAUUUGUUCAGUUUAACGAGUAUUUAAUAAUACAAUUUCGAUUAGUUUAUUAUUAUUAUUUUUUUUUUUUUACUCAAAUAUUGAAUUUUUAAAAAAAAAAAAUAUUUUUAUCAAAAAAUUUAACUCCUUAAAUAGAUAAUAUGUUAAAAACUUGUUUUGGAUGUUGUUCCCUUCGGCGUGGUGCCAGUUGUAUUGCUAUUUUUAACAUAGUAAGUAUAAUUAAUAUUUGUAAUUUUUAACGUUUUUGUACCUGCACUGGGUUAACAUAUACAUAAACCGGCAACUUCGAGGAGGGGGGGGGAGAGGAGUAAAAGUUUAAAAUUACAGGCUAAAAUUUUCCUAAAAAAUAAAUUAAACAAUUAUUAGGUGUCAAAAUUACAAUUACAGAAAAACUAUCAUAGACUUGUAAAAUGUACAACUAUAGACAUUACACAAUUAGGUACCUACCAAGUUUUAAAGGAAGUAUAAACUUACUACAAUAUUAAACAAAUAUAGAUAUUUUUGUAUAAACUCUAACUAGAAUUUAAUUCAUAAUGUAAAAAGCGAUUUUUUUUUUCUAAGAUUUCUGAAAAUUAGGUCACCUUUCCCUCCCUUCCCCGUCGAGUUUAUAAAUUCAUCCUUAUAUACGUGUAUACACUCGUGUUUUCAAUAUUUUAUAAUAUUAUUAUAUACGACUGUAGUAAAUUACCUAAUAGUAGCGAAUUAGAGUUUAAAACAGCCUAAAAUGUUUUAGCUUUGGAAUGUAUUGGAAAUAUUUAAACACGGUAUUCAUCGUAAAAAUCAGUAUGGAAAACUCAGUCAAAAACGUAUUGUACAAGAUUUUAACAAUAGUGACGAGAACUCGACGUAUAACGAUUACUCAUUAGAGAUCGAAUUAGUACCCGUCAUGAAUGGUUAGUAUUGGCACUUAUAGGUAUCUAAUUAAAUAUCUAAACAGUAAUUGUAUGCGACAAUAUAUGUAUCGACAUCAUAACCAAUUUUCCUUCAGGGUUGUUCAUGGACUAUGUAUUCAUCACUUGUGUCAGUUGGAUCGUUAUGGAGUUGAUCGCAAAUAUCGGCCUCAAACAGUCUACUUACAAGGUAUAUAAUCGAUAUAAAAUAUAAAAAAUAAUUAUUGAAAUUUCUAUGAUAUAGUAUUGCGGUUUCAGUGUCAAUAUAAUAGUGUAUUUAAACUUAUUGUAGCUCGCUGUUCACAAAAUCUACAUAUGGCUCGUAAUAUAUUAUGGAAAUAUAAUAUUCAUGAUACUCCACUUGUGUUAUUACGAAAUAAACAAUAUAAAGCUUCAAACGUUCGAUCAUUACACGAAUAGAAAUCAUAAUUUUGGAGCCAUAGAGCAUGUAUGUACACCAACAAAUCAUUGAUUAUUAAGAUUAUGUAAUCUAUAUAACAAACAAGUAAAGUAAAAAUCGAGUUAAUACAAAAAUAAUACUUCACGUUAAUAUUAAACCUAUAUAAAAUUUAAUAGAAUAUAAAAACAAAUAUUUUUUUUAAAAAAUUAAAUUCUCUGUAUGCAUAUAUAUACAAUAAUGCUGAUUCUGAAGAGAGAAUUUUAAUUCUAGCUUAAUGUCAACAUAACUCAAUGUUGAUUUUUGAGAUUUUGAAAAAUCAAAAAAAUCCGGAAAGAAUAAUAAUCAAAAGUAUUUAGUGUUUAGAAAGAAUACAUUCAUUGCAUUUAAUUUAUUUUUAAAUAGAAAUGCAUUCAUUAAUUCAAUUACCUUUAUUUUUAAGGAAUGGUGAAUGCGAAUGCAAAUGAUAGAAUUCCAAAAAUAAAAAAAUAAAAAUAUUAGUGAUAAUUAAUAAUGAUAUAUUGUUUUUGUUUUUUUUUUUUGCCAAUAUUUUUACAAAUAACAAUAAUUUUUUUAAAUGGAUCUCAAAUUUUGUGAAAUUCAUUUAUUAUGAAAAUAAGGAUUGGUGAAUGAGAUUAAAUUACUUUAUAUAAGUCAGGAAUAUGAGUGAGAAAGCAUUCUUUUUUAAAAUUAAUUUUCCAAAUAAUGUUAUUCUCGGCAUUUUAAAUUUGAACUUUAAUCGAUCUUAACUAUCUCAAAGAUUAUUGUGUUUAGUUAGUAUAGUUAAAAAUGCACUAUGAAUUCCGUCGCAUUACAUUUAUUUCGAUACUUUUAUAUAAUUAUUAAAUAUAAUAAUACGUAUAAAAUAAAUAAAUAAUAUGCUAAUUGGCUGUAUAGUUAUUAUGCAGUCACAAAACAAAUGUUCGGUUAAGUUAUAUCCAAUUGCUAUAUACCUAAAUAAAUUAAGAGAAUAUUAAUUUUAUAUUAUAUUACAAUUUUUUUAGAAGUUGAUUUAUACAGCAAUUGUUAUUUUCGAAAUUUUCAUCAUCCACUCGUACUACAUCGUCGAAGAAAAAGCAGCACUGCAGAAUUUCAUAAAAAUCAAAUGGAAAUACGUAUCCAAGGGAGAAGUCAUGUCGAGUGGAGUUGACUAUCCUUCUGCGUCGAAUUUCACCGCGUUAACAUCGCGCCAAACCCAAGAAGGUUCCAGAAUACCACCGUAUAUAACCAGGGUUGCACAAGAUUAAUUACGAUAUUAUUACUCAAAAUACAAAUCCGAUUAUUAAGUAUAUAGGAUACGGACUGUUUUUAAAAUGUCUCGUUAAAUGUUGGUUAGCCCUAAUCCAUAGAAUUUUGCCGGUUUGAGGCAAAUUUAAUCACCGGUUUUCGCUAAUAAGACAUUUUAAGAACAUGCCAUGCCAUUUUCAAUAACAUUAUAAAUGAAUAGCAAAUUAAUUAUAUUUUUAACUCAAUAUAGUAAAUUAUAUAAUAAUAUGGUAAAUAUUAAAUUAUAUUUUAGCGUACAAUACUAUUAAUGUAAAAAAAAAAAACGUGAAUAAAAUAAUUAAGUAGUUCGAUCGGGUGUUGUAAUUAUACAUAUAUAUAUUAUUAUUAUCUACGGUACUUUGGUUUUUCCGACUGUUAAUUUAUUACCUAUAUUACCUAUCAUAUGUAAAUUAAAACUACCUAUAUAUUAUAAGUUAUAAGUAAAACUAAUAAUCAAUAAGGUUCCAUUUUAUAUCCUAAAUGUUUUAUGCAUAAAUGGAUAAAAUUGUAUCCUACUCAAUGGUAAAUGAGUAUUUAAAUUUAUUUUACACUCUUAGUCCACGGAUUUAAUUUGUAUACGCAUUAAAUUUACGAUAUUAUACUAACUCCAAUGACGUGUCAUCGCUGGUCCUUUUUUUUUUUUACAACUCGCUAUUGCUUAUAAUUGUCAUAAUAAACACCCGAAGAUAAAACUAUAACUCAAUAAUAUAUUGUAUUAUUAUAACAAAUUAUAUACCUUUACUGAGUUUUACCUAUACAAUCAUAGUUCUUUAAGUGUAUAAAGCCUAUGAAACGUUUUUUUUUUUUUUUUUUUUAGUAUAAUAUAUUAUUUAUUUAAUUGAUGUAUUAUUUUACAAUUAUAAUUGUAUAGUUUAUUUAAGCUUUAGACAUACCAUAGAUACCUUAGACUCUAAAAUAUCAGGAGUCUAAGGUACACAUGUCGAGAUUUAAUCAAAAUAUAGAACACACAUUAUCAAUAUAAACUUAUACAGUUCAUAGUUGACUCUACAGGUUUGGAAACCAUUGCAGUCAGUUAAAUUAUCAACACUAUAAGUAUAAGUAUAUAGAUAUGUUAACAAUUAUAUAAUGUUAUGUGUUAUAAUUUUCGAUUAUAUAUAGGUACCUACGUACUUAAUUAUCUUAAUUUAUCGCCGUGUAUUAAAAUCAGUGGCGUAAAAAGAAUAUUGUAUUGAAGUGGGGCUAAAUACGUGUUAGCUUAAAAUUGUAGGCGUUGGUAAGAAAGUUUUAGAGAUUUCGAUCCCCCCUACCUGCUAUAAGUAGUUUUAUAAAUAUGCAUUUUUAUGCAAUAUAUUAAACAAAAAUUAAUAGACAAAAUAAACUUAUUCGUGAAAUGAGAAUAUGUCUUGGUAUAUCUUGUAACUUCAUUAUACAGAAUAUACACCCUUCUGACAGAUGCAUUGUUCUAGUUGAAUUUUGAGCAAAGAUAGUAAUUAUAUUAUUUUCAAUAGUUUCUUCUUAUUUUAUUUAUGUUAGCUAACAAAGUGAGUCUAUUUUCUAUCCCAGAGAGCCUCCUUAAAUCGUUAUCAUACGGCUAAGCGGUGAAGAAUUAUAAGUAGAAUACUACUAAUAG